CGUCUAUUUAAAGUUAUGAUUUGCGACAUAUGAACAAAAAAAUAUCAUAUCACGUGCAUAAAUAUGUUAACACGUCUUGUUUGGACAUAACUAGCAAAACUAAAACUAAGACGCAGGAAUUAGCAUACUUGAGCAAACGUUUUCUGGUCAUGGCAUUGUUAGGAAGUACGGAGAUUGAAGUUAAGCAGUCUGGACGAGAUGUGAGCGUAGCGAACGAUCCAAGGGCGAAACCUAUGUAAUACCAGAGCUGCAUGCAAACGGUACUGCAGAUGGACAAAGAUGGCGAAGAAUUGAAGAGGCUGGCGAGAUUCUGGACAUACCGGUCCCUCAGCGAGAGCGAUACAGACCUCUUGAUACUUCUCUGUCUCGCUCUCAAACCGGAUAUUCUGAUGAACAAAUGCAUUUUCCUGGAUGAUGAAAUGUGUGGCUACAUGGACAACGAAUUUUACGAAAUAGAAGCCGUGAAGAACAGUCUGCUGGUGGCCGGAAGUGUGAUGAUACGAGGCCGUUCCCGCCGGGUUUCCAAGAUUAUGACCUUCAAGAUGCCUUGGCUGAAGGAACACUGGAUGAAUCCGAUGAAAGAGUUGAUCGAGGAGCAAGAAAGAAAACGUGCACAAGCGGCCUCGAAGCGGCAACAGGAAAGAGACUCCGGUUGUACAAUUUUGUAAAGUUGUAAAUGGACUGGAUACCGAGGCAGGAAUUAAUUGUCGUUUUCGUAUAUACAUGUAAUUGUUUGUAAUCGGUGACUGCAAUAUUAAUCUGUGAUUGUGAAUACAUAAUUAUGUAAAGGAGCUUAGUUUACACUUUUAUUUGUUUAUUCUCAUAAUUAGGGUAUGUUCAAGCAUUACUACUUUCAAAUUUGUUCUUUUAUUUGUAUGCAUAAUCUACGAGUUCAAUGUGUCAACGUAUAUGUAAUUAUACGUCUUGUUGUUACUGUUUGUAGAAAUGUCUUGUCAGAAAAGG